CAGAAUCAUCUCCCACAUCAGAAGAGCAAGAAGCCUCCAGAUCAUGUGCCACAUACCCGUCUUCUGCUGGAUCUCCUCCACUGUGCUUCAGAAGCUCCUGGAAGAAGAUGUGAGUGCAGAAAUCCCUCAAACUCUGACUGAGAUGUACAUCCACUUCCUGCUGAUUCAGAUCAACAUGAGGAAGCAGAAGUAUGAAGAGAGAGAUCCAGAGAAACUCCUGCAGGCCAACAGAGAAGUGAUUGUCAAACUUGCUGAAGUGGCUUUCAGACAGCUGAUGAAGGGCAAUGUGAUGUUCUAUGAGGAGGACCUGAUUGAGAGCGGCAUAGACGUCACUGACGCCUCGGUGUAUUCUGGGAUCUGCACUGAGAUCUUCAAGGAGGAAUCUGUGAUUCAUCAGAGGAAAGUCUACAGCUUCAUCCAUCUCAGCUUUCAGGAGUUUCUGGCUGCUUUCUUUGUGUUUUACUGCUAUUUAACAAAGAACAAAGAGGAGCUGGAGUGGAUUUAUUACAGUGGAUAUUUGUAUAAUCAUCAUCUACAGUUGAUACAGUUGUUACAGUUUAAGAAUGCUCUGUUUAAUCUGCUCAGAUCAGCAGUAGAUAAAGCUGUGGAGAGCAGUACUGGUCAUCUGGAUCUGUUCCUGCGGUUCCUGCUGGGCAUCUCCCUGGAGUCCAAUCAGAGACUCUUCCAGGAUCUGCUGCCACACACAGAGAAGAGCUCAAAGAGCAUCAGGAGGAGCACACAGUACAUUAAAGAGAUGAUCAAGAGAGAUGAUGAUCUCCCAGUUGACAGAUCCAUCAAUCUGUUCCUCUGUCUGCUGGAGGUGAAAGAUCAGACUCUGGCCAGAGAGAUUCAGGAGUUUGUGAAAUCAGACAAACACUCAGAGGAGAAACUCACUCCUGCUCACUGCUCAACAAUCUCCUACAUGAUUGAGAUGUCAGAGGAGCCGCUGGAUGAGUUAGACUCUAAUAAAUUCAACACAUCAGAUGAGGGAAGACGGAGACUGAUACCAGCUGUGAGGAACUGCAGGAGAGCUCUGCUACAGGACUGUAAUCUCACUGUUCAGUGCUGUGAGAGUUUGUCUUCAGUUCUACAAUCCUCAAUCUGUGUGCUGAGAGAGCUGGACCUGAGUAACAAUGACCUGCAGGAUUCAGGAGUGAAGAAGCUCUCUGAUGGACUGAAGAGUUCAGACUGUAAACUGGACACACUGAGAUUGGUCAUGUGUAAUCUCACUGUUCAGUGCUGUGAGAGUUUGUCUUCAGCUCUACAAUCCUCAAACUGUGUGCUGAGAGAGCUGGACCUGAGUAACAAUGACCUGCAGGAUUCAGGAGUGAAGAAGCUCUCUGAUGGACUGAAGAGUCAACACUGUAAACUGAACACACUGAGCUUGGCCAUGUGUAAUCUCACUGUUCAGUCCUGUGAGAGUUUGUCUUCAGCUCUACAAUCUUCAAACUGUGUGCUGAGAGAGCUGGACCUGAGUAACAAUGACCUGCAGGAUUCAGGAGUGAAGAAGCUCUCUGAUGGACUGAAGAGUUCAGACUGUAAGCUGGAGACACUGAGAUUGGUCAUGUGUAAUCUCACUGCUCAGUCCUGUAAGAGUUUGUCUUCAGUUCUACAAUCCUCAAUCUGUGCCCUGAGAGAGCUGGACCUGAGUAACAAUGACCUGCAGGAUUCAGGAGUGAAGAAGCUCUCUGAUGGACUGAUGAGUCCACACUGUAAACUGGACACACUGAGGUUGUCUGGCUGUAUGGUGACAGAGGAAGGCUGUGGUUUUCUGUCUUCAGCUCUGACUUCAAACCCCUCACACCUGAGAGAGCUGGAUCUGAGCUACAAUCAUCCAGGAGAUUCAGGAGUCAAGCUGCUCUCUCAACAACUGGAGGAUCCACACUACACACUGCACACACUCAAUCUGGAUCAUGGAGGAGAGAAGAGGAUUACAGCAGGACUGCACAAAUAUGCUCGUUUCCUCACUCUGGAUCCAAACACAGCACACCCUCAACUCAAACUGUCUGAGGAGAACAGAGAGCUGACAUGUGUGGAAGAGAUUCAGCCGUAUCCUGAUCAUCCAGACAGAUUUGAUCAUCAUCCUCAGGUGUUGAGCAGAGAGAGUGUGUGUGGACGCUGUUACUGGGAGAUUGACUGCAGUGGAGAUAGUAUGGAUAUAGCAGUGGCAUAUAAGAGCAUCAGGAGGAAGGGACGAGGUAAAGAGUGUUGGUUUGGAAAUAAUGCUCAGUCCUGGAGUCUAGUCUUCCUGAAGGGUUUGGGAUUCUUAUUCAGACACAAUCACACACAGACUGAUCUCCCAGUGGAGCAGAUCAGCAGGAGAAUAGGAGUGUUUGUGGAUCACAGUGCAGGAACUCUGAUCUUCUACAACAUCAGUGAAGACACAACCAUCCUCAUCCACUCAGUCCAGACCACAUUCUCUGAGCCGCUCUAUCCUGGGUUCUGGGCUGAGUCUGGAUCAUCAGUCAAACUGUGCUGAAGACUGAUGAGAGAUUUACCCAGAAUCCUCUGCAGGAUCAGUCAGCAGCAGUGAGAUGAUCUGGGCUGUUUCUCAUUAUGCGUUCUUGUCUGUACUUGCGUUUUUGUGUCCUCCUGAAACGUCAUCAACCGUCGCCAAAAUACUGUUCUAAUUUAAAGUUCACAUCUUGCUAAAUAUAGAUGAAAUUCCCGCAUGUGUACUUGCUCCGCCCCUUUGGCUAUAGAUGCAUCGAGAGGUGACCUUGCGAAGCUUGGGUUCCCAGAAUGCAUUGCAGCGUAACCAGCAAACACUAAUAGUGGAGGAGGAAACCCGCACAGUUUUAAAAAUACUCCUUUACUGUGUCACAAAAUAAAGUUUUAACAGUUUUUCACUCAAAUCGGCAGUUUAUUCACAAAGAUAGCGCGUCUUUGGCAAUGUGGCUCAGCUUAUGCGGACUCCGACUCCCAGCCUGCCAGCGGGAGCUCCGUCAUCAGCUCCCCUGCCAUAGCAGCUUUACUCCGGCCAGGCCAUCUCGAAUGUACUGCUGGAUCUCAUCACUCCAUUGUAGUUUAAACAUGAUAUUUAAUUCAUCUUGUGAAUAUCUAACGGACAGUAUUUGGUCUUAUGAAUCUAUUAUUUGUUCUCAAAUGUAUUAUUUUGGCAGUAUUAUUUUGUUACGUUUAAUAAUUGUCUUUAAUUAUGUUACCGUGUUGUAUGCUGUUUGUCUUUGUUUACCAAAUUGUUUGACGUAAUCUUUAUUUCUUACCGUGUAUAUACUUCUAUAAUUACCAUUGCAGUUUCUUAAAUCUAAUAAUCAAAGACACAUGUCCGUGUAUAAUAACUCAGUUUAUUUCACAUUUAUAUGAACAUAUAUAUUUUCUUAAAUCAAAAAUGUAGAUAUAUAAUAUUAAUAUAAUAUUAAUUACAGGGUCGUGCUUUAGGUAAUUCAGUCAUUUUAUUGUUAAUGUAGAGUGAAACUGAUGAAUCCAUGGUGAGGUAAGUGAUGUUAUAAAGUACACUGCUGUUCCAUUUGAAGAAGUACCGACUUGCAUCCCCGGGAGUUGGUUUUUCCAAGUCUUAACUUUGAGAGUAUUGAGAAACAGCCCUGGAGUCUCUUCACUCCCACUGUAAGCUGCUUUGUUCAGUUGAUCAGUAAUGAGAUGAGCUGGAUCUGAUGUCUGAUAUAAACUGUAGGAGUUUGUCUCUGCUUGUCCUGGUGUCUGGCUGUCAAUAAUAUCAGACUUUCAUGUUACUUUCAUAAAUAUGUUACCAUAUACUGUUUAAUAUUAGUACUUUUUUAAAAAAAAGAUUCAAACACUUACGUUUAAUGUAAUUAUUAAUUACUAUCAAUUAUACACCGCCUUAUAAUGCUUUAGUAUUUUCAGUAAUGUUCAUGUGUAUUUCUGCUGUAAUCUUCCAUCUAUAGUGUUAAAGAAGCUGAAUACUGUGCUCUGCAGUUAAUCCAUCAUCACUGUGGUCAUCUGAGUAAUUCUGCUUCAUCUGAGCAUUAUUGUUUUACUGUAUUGAUGUGAAAUUAGCUGUAUGUGUUCCUCCAUCUUCAUCCGUCUUGCUGUGUUUUCUGAUCAUCAGAUAAGCAGAUCAGCUCUGUAGUGAAGUGAGGAGGUGUUCAGUCUGUCAGCUGAAGUCCAGCUCUUCCUGCCCCAUGAGCAGUUUAUAAGAGUCAUUCAUGUGUGUUGGAUCAGAUCAGUCGACUGUUCAAUGUGUAAACGUAUAGUCCAGACUGAGUUUAUCUACUAAAUGUGACUAAUAGUGUGUCAUUUCCCCAGUUCUAGUGGAGCUCUACCAGCUCUGUGCCUCUGAUUCUUCAAUAUGAGAGAAUCAUUCAGUCUGUCAGAGCUUCAGCCUCCACUAAACCACCAUUGAUUUAUUUUACUCCUGAUUAUCAGUGAGUUAUUCUGUUAUUAUCUGCUUUAUUUGUAGCUGUGAAAGAGAAACUGAUUAACAAUAAAGCUCUGCUGAAUAUUCACAU